CGACAUGCUCCCAGAAGAUGGUCCCAAUCCUCAACCUCAAGGCGCGAUAAAUCCGCUCAGGCCAGAGUUUCAGAGGAUUAUCAAGUGGAUAUGAUUCUGCGUAGUUGAGAGUGUUUCCAUCCUUGGGUCGUCUCCGAGCCUUAGAACUAUCUGAUAUGGCUCUCGAAGCAAGAUUACAUGUUAUCCAGCGUUAUCCUGUGUUAUCUCGCGAAACUCUUCGCAAACAAGCGGCACCGAAGGCGCCACCCGAGUGAGGGGCUUCUUUGGGCGCUAUCAAGAUAGAUGGCGACUCGUUCCCUGCACCCUGAUGUGGGAAUAGAAGCUGGCUUAUAAGUAACGUGGAUGGGUCUGGGGUUAUCUCCUGAGACUCCUCCUCCGAAUAUCUCCUCUCCACCAUGGCAGGCAGUGUAUCUUUCUGGACGAAGUUCAGAUCUUACAUCUGGGACUCGGACGAUCACCUCAAGACCCCGGAGGAGCGCAAGUUUGUGCGGAAACUGGAUUUCGGGAUCCUCAUCGUUGCCUGUCUUGGCUUCUUCUUCCGCUACCUCGACCAGAGCAAUCUCGCCAAUGCUUACAUUUCGGGCAUGAAGGAGGAUCUGAACAUCAAUGGCAACCAGUACACCUACAUGGGCACCUGCUACACGGUUGCGUACGCGGUCAUGCAAAUCCCAUCAACGAUGAUCAUUCAAAAGAUUCGGCCAUCUUAUUACCUGGCGUUUUGCGAGAUUGGGUGGGGAGUCUGGACCUUUGCGCAGGCUGGAGCUCAAACCUACCAACAAAUGUACGCUUUCCGCUUCAUGGUGGGCAUGUUCGAAUCCGGCUUCUUCCCCUGCAUUCUGUACAUCCUCGGCAGCUGGUACACAAAGGCGGAACUGGCCAAGCGGAUUGCUAUCUUUCAUUUAACCGGCUCCGUUGGCACGGCUAUGGGCGGAUUCCUCCAAGCUGCUGUGUACAAGAACCUUGACGGCCAUUUGGGAAUCGCCGGAUGGAGAUGGCUGUACAUCGUCUGCGGCUGCAUGACUGUCCCUAGCGGCAUCCUGCUCUUCUUCUUCCUGCCGGACGUCCCCGCCACCUCUCGUGCCUGGUACCUGACUGAGGAGGACAAGAAGUUCGCCAUGGAGCGGGCGAUCCGACACGGCAAGGGCCAGCCCACCGGGAAGAUUGAUCUCGCGUUGCUUAAGCGCGUCUUUGGCCGGUGGCAUUGGUACUGGUUCGUGCUCGGAUAUAUCCUCUACGGCGAGUCGUGCGGUGCUACGGCGUACUUUGGUAUCUGGCUCAAAGCCGAGAAAUUCAGUGUUUACUACCGCAAUGUCAUUCCCAGUUGCGGAGCCCUGAUUAACAUUAUUUCUAUCUUCAUGUGUAUGGUUUGCUGCCGAAUGGGUAAGAUACCUCUCCCACUUUCCGACCAGAUCUUGAUGAUCUGCACCAGCAUUCUCGCAUUCUGGCCGGCAUCUGUCAAGUUGAAGGAAUUUGCUUUCAUGACCGGUGGUGUCCAGCUGAUGACGGCUGUAUUCUAUACCUGGGCGAACGAAGUCUGCAAAGAAGAUAACGAGGAGCGAGCACUCGUUAUCUCGAGUAUGGUAUGUGCGCCUGUUCUAUUUUACGUGCCGAGGCUUAUUCGAGGCGAUAGAACGGAUUGCAAUAUGCGGUUGCAGCCUGGCUCCCGAUCGUCAUUUUCCCUCAGCAAACUUGAAGCCCCGACGUUCCGAAAGGGUUUCCCAACCACAUUUGGGCUUGUCAUCGCUGCUCUUGUGGUUGUCGUAAUCAUCAAGCUUCUGGUUGACCGCGACGAGCGACGCGCACGGUCAAAGGGCGAUAUAGAGUCUCCCGAGAGAGACUCCGCAUCUAGUGACCUGGAUAAGAAGGAUGCCGAGGAUUUCGAGCCUGCUGUGGUGAAGGCGGCGGAUCCUACUGACGAAGUCACCAUCUACUGCGACAUGGCCGAUCAGUCUGCGACAUUGAAUGGCGACACGUCGCUCCCCGGCGCUGACACCCUCGAGCCACCCGCUGACCCUUCCUCGGUCGCGGCUGUGCCUGCACCUCCGCCUGAAGCCCCGGCUGCCGACCCUGCAACACCCGCAAAGAGACCGCGUGGCCGGCCGAAAGGGAGCAAGAACAAAUCGACCCUCGCAGCGGGCACGGCGGAUCCUGCGACGCCUGUGGUGAAGCGGCCGGUGGGUCGACCGCGGGGGAGCACGAAGAAAAGCGAGGCCGACGGGGUGAAGGUCAAGCGGCCCGUUGGACGGCCGCGGAAGGAUGGGCUGCCGCCUGGGUCGGGGAGACUGAGUCUCGGGACGAGCGCAGCAGACGUAAGCGGGGUCGUAUCUCUGCUCUUUGUGUCUCGAUUGAUGGGCCACGAUGCACAGAAACAGCACACGCAGUGGUUCCCACUCCAAGGUGGGCCGAUGGAGAGCCUGUCCGCGCCACCAUCGACGACGACGCGGCCUAUCGCAUCCCACGCGUCCCUCGCGGCUGCCAGCAACGCAAACUGGUCAGAACUCGUUCGAUCGCACCCGGAAGACUUUCUGCAGGCGUUAAUCGCCGCGCUGGAUCCCCCCGAUCCCGGAUCAUCCACCGUGUCAAUCGAGGACGCUUUCAAAUCGCAUCUAGGCUCGCUCGCGCCGCCGAGCUCUGCCUCGCCCACCAACGCGACGCCGACGCUGUACUCGAUCCUGCGCACGUUCUGGCUGCCGACGUCGCCGAGCUACUUCUCGCUCACGGCGUCCGCGUCGUCGCGCAUGCUCUCGCCGCACCGGUUCCUGUACUGGGACCCGCAGCCGCUCGUGUUCAAUGGGCUGGCGUGUCCGACGUGCGCGGCUGCGCUGGUGAACCACGGCCGGAUUCGAUCGGGUCCGCUGGCCGUGCACGAUCUGACGGGCCCGUUUUACAUCAUCGGGUGUUCGUAUGUGUGUGCCAGCAACCAUGUGUUCGCGAGCACGGACCCGUCGAUCCGGCGUGUGCUGCCCCCGGCGCUGGCGGAUGAGUUCCCGGCGCGAUUGGGCGAGCAGGAUGUGGGGGUCGGUGCUGAUAUAUGGAACUGGACGAGCCGCGGCGUGAGUCGCGAGCUCUGGAACCUAGUGGUCAGUGCGCUGCGGUGUGGCAUGAAGAAAAGCUUCAUCCUUAGGAUGGUAAGAGAGACCAGACGCGGCAUUAAAGACACAGAAGAAGAGGAAGAACAACAUGAUGCGCGGGGCCACCCAGCCGGUGCCGAUCAAACGCUGCAGACUGGGCCUAGCCUUGCUGAUGUGUGGUCCGCUGCGACGGCGCUCCGGCCUGAGCUGCGCAACAACCCCUACGCAUCCCUGGCCGCCCCGGCGCUCGGCAUUUCGUUCGUGGGACCGUCCUUCAUCCCAGGAUAUCCGCAGCCUCCGCCUCCGCCGCCUCCGCCACCGUUCCUGCCGAACCCGCAGGCCGCGGCGUCCCCGACCGCGGCAGAAGCCGACCCCGCAGCGGAGACGCGCAAACGUGCGCGAGAAUCCGAUACUGACGGCGGCGGACCCGCUGCUGUCAAAGUACGUCAUCCUCGUCGGUGUGCGAAAUGUGGCUCAGACCAGUGCAAAGGCAAGGGUGGAUCCAAGUUCUGCCCCAGCCCCUGUGUAGACUGCGGCAAGUUUGCAUGCAAGGGCCGCAACAGCCGACGGCCGGACCGCCCGUGCGAUGAGGCUUGGGACGAGGUGUAG